CGUGCUGCAUUUCCCGCUAUAAGGGGUCUCACACCAAGGCUUCGAGUUCUCCUCGCGAUGUACGUUGUCAAGCGCGACGGCCGGAAGGAGGCCGUGCACUUCGAUAAGAUCACCGCUCGAUUGAAGAAGCUCAGCUACGGUCUCAGCACGGAAUUUUGCGAUCCCGUCUUAGUGGCUCAGAAGGUGUGCAUGGGCGUGUACAAGGGUGUGACUACAGCACAGCUCGAUGAGCUGGCAGCUGAAACCGCGGCGGGAAUGACGGCCACACACCCAGACUACGCCCUCCUAGCUGCACGGAUUGCAGUCUCCAACCUGCACAAGAAGACAAAGAAGUCAUUUUCUGAAACGGUGAAGGACAUGUACGCACAUGUGAACCAGGAGUCAGGCCUGCCUGCGCCCUUGAUCGCAGAUGACGUCUACGAGAUUAUAAUGAAGCAUGCAGAGAGGCUAGACAGCGAGGUCAUAUACGACCGCGAUUUUGACUAUGACUACUUUGGCUUCAAAACUCUCGAGCGCUCCUAUUUGCUCAAGGUGAACGGAAAGGUUGUUGAGCGACCGCAGCACAUGCUGAUGCGAGUGGCGGUGGGGAUUCACAAGGCGGACAUAGAGGCAGCCGUGCAGACCUACCACCUCAUGUCCCAGCGAUGGUUCACACAUGCAUCUCCCACGCUCUUCAACAGUGGCACCCCGAGGCCUCAGCUGAGCAGCUGCUUCCUGGUGUGUAUGAAGGAGGACAGCAUAGAGGGCAUCUACGACACGCUCAAGGAGUGCGCAGUGAUCAGCAAGUCAGCGGGCGGCAUUGGCUUGUCCGCACACUGCAUCCGCGCCAAGGGCAGCUACAUUAGAGGGACUAAUGGCAUGUCGAACGGCAUUGUGCCGAUGCUGAGGGUGUUCAAUGACACGGCGAGAUACGUGGACCAGGGCGGCGGCAAGCGUAAAGGUGCCUUUGCUAUUUACAUCGAGCCGUGGCAUUCAGACGUGUUUGACUUCCUUGACCUGCGGAAGAACCACGGAAAAGAAGAGAACAGGGCGAGAGACCUCUUUUACGGGCUGUGGAUUCCUGACCUCUUCAUGCAACGAGUGCAGUCCAACAUGCCCUGGUCGCUCUUCUGUCCCAACGAGGCCCCUGGCCUGGCGGACUGCUGGGGGGAGGAGUUUGAGGCGCUCUACCUCAGAUACGAGCGGGAGGGCCGAGCCAAGCGGGUGAUACCGUCACAGAAGCUCUGGUUUGCAAUCUGUGAGGCGCAGAUUGAGACAGGCAAUCCGUACAUGCUGUUCAAGGACGCGUGCAAUCGCAAGUCGAACCAGCAGAACCUGGGAACCAUCAAGUGCAGCAACCUGUGCACAGAGAUUGUCGAAUAUACCAGCCCUGAGGAAACUGCAGUGUGCAACCUUGUGUCCAUCGCCCUGCCACGAUUCGUGCGAGAAAAGGGGGUGCCGUCUGAAGCCCAUCCGUCCAAGCUGACUGGAAGCCUCAACCACGACCAGCGAUUCUUCGACUUUGAGAAGCUGGGCGAGAUCACGGAGGUGGUGACACGCAAUCUCAACAGAGUCAUCGACGUCAACUACUAUCCCACCGAGUCAGCCCGUCGCUCCAACAUGCGCCACCGGCCCAUCGGCCUGGGCGUGCAGGGGCUGGCAGACGCUUUCAUUCUUCUCGGCUUGCCCUUUGACUCGCCUCAGGCCCGACAAUUGAACCGGGAUAUAUUCGAGACCAUCUACUACCACGCUCUCCGCACGUCGUGCCAGCUGGCGAAGGAGGAAGGCACGUACUUGUCGUACCCCGGCUGCCCCGUCAGCAAGGGCGUCCUGCAACCGGACAUGUGGAGUGUGACCCCUUCGGACCGCUGGGACUGGGCGGCACUGCGGGCCGACAUAGCGGCUCACGGGCUGCGCAAUUCCCUCCUGGUGGCGCCCAUGCCCACGGCCUCCACGAGUCAAAUCCUGGGGAACAACGAGUGCUUCGAGCCGUACACCUCCAACAUCUACUCGAGACGAGUUCUCAGUGGCGAGUUUGUGGUGGUGAACAAGCAUUUACUCAACGACUUGACACAUCUGGGCCUGUGGUCGCCCGACCUCAAGAAUGAGAUCAUGUACCGCAACGGGUCUGUGGAGGGGAUUGACGAGAUCCCACAGCGCCUAAGAGACAUCUACAAGACGGUGUGGGAGCUGAAGCAGAGGGCGAUAGUGGACAUGGCAGCAGACAGAGGGGCGUUCAUCGACCAGAGCCAGUCACUCAACAUCCACAUGGAUGCUCCCACCUUCGGCAAACUGACGUCUUUGCAUUUCUACACGUGGGGCAAGGGCUUGAAGACGGGCAUGUACUAUUUGAGAACGAGGGGAGCAGCAGAUGCCAUCAAGUUCACCGUCGAUGCAGAAGCCGCCAAAAGGGAGAGGAGAACGAGGGAGACGGAGAUUCAAGCACGGCUGGCAGAGAUGACAUGCUCCUUGGAAGGAGGCAGGGAUGCAAGGCAUGCCAUUCGGUGUGGCUGA